AUGAGUGAGAAGAGAGGCAACAUUGCGGUUGGAGGUAGCUACUUAGGCCCGGCGGUGGAGGAGCAGAAGGGCGCCGUGGCCAGUGGUGCUGGCAGCCCGCGGCAGGAGAAUGGCGAGGUGGCGCGCGAGGAAGGAGACAACGGGGAAGGGCUAGGGCGUCCACUUGCUUCUCCUCCCGAGCCCGAGCGUGAAGAGGUGGAAACGGACCCAUCAGUUUCUGCGACAGGAGCGGUUACCAUUGCCAUGGCGGGCACCGUGCCACCAGCUGGUGUGACCCCGCCGCCAGCAACAAAUACCAUGGUUGAGACACCACGGGCUCUGAGAGUGAAGAAAGCUGUCAUGAAGAAGUCUUCAUUGUCUACAAGCGACAUGAGGUGCAAGCCAAAGCCUACCGCAGCAACCCCAGCCCCCGAGCCACCAGCCUCAGAGGAGCCCACGCCCAAGGAGCCAACCCUCGAGGCGGACACAAUGCUACCCGGCCUGCCACCCCCGAGCCCUAACAAGCCGAAGCCAGGGCUGGUGAACGUCAUCACCACAGAUCUAGUGGAUGACCCGACGCUGACGGACGACAACAUAAGAUACUUCAAGAAGAUCUCCAAAGAGUUGUAUAAUUUCACCGUGGAUGUGAUCAAGCAUUCACAGAAGAAGACCGAAAAGCUGAAAGUGGUCACAUGGUCAGAGGACGACGAAUCCCUCACCGAUGGUGAAGACCUCCAGCUUCUCCUUGGUGGGGAGCUGGAUGAAGAUGAUGAGGACAACAUGUCCUGGGAGGGGGACUUCUUCUCCUCAGAGGAAGAAGUCGAUUCCUCAUCAAUCGAGGCGGACUCGGUGGCAGGAGGCUACCUGCUUGGUGGGUCCUUGGAGGAUGACGAUGACGAUGAUGACGAUGAAGAAGAUGAAGACAGCAGCGGCUUCAGCAGCGCCAACGGCGGAGACAAUGGCGGCGACGACGACGGCAGCGACGACGAUAGUGACGCCAGCAUGGCUCCUCCGAUCAAGCGCCGCUGA